AUGGAAACAAGCAUAAGAGACGACCUGGAAAGAUUUUAUCAUGAACAGUAAUUUAUAUUCAGUGAAAGCUAUUUGUCUAAAGAAAGCCACACUCCAAAAUUCGAAAAUAAGCGACUGAAACAAAGUUUAAGCCCCAAAGAAGUUGAGUUUAAAAAUCAAAUUCCCAACCCCGAAUCUGAAAAUCUUUCCUUAAAGCAAAGGCUAAAAGAGCUUGAGUUUAAAUAUGCUGAAGCUCUUCAGACAACCACAAUGCUAGAAAAAGACCUAAAGAGAGCCAUCAUAGAGAACGAAAAACUCAAAAGAGAAAAAGCUUAUCUUGGGAAUUUACUUGAAAAGUUAGAUGAUAAAAGAAACGCAUCAGCGCAACCUAACGACUAUCAUGAUGAGUUCAAAACUUACAAAGACAAAGCAAAUCAGCAUAUUGCAAAUUUAAUCGAAAAAUGUGAGAGGCUCCAAGAAGAAGUUUUGCUUUAUCAAUCCAGAGAUCAGCAAUCUCAAACUUAUAAAAGAAAGUUUGAAACACUUGAAGAGGCUCUAAAUAAGGUCACGCUUGAAAAAGAUAAGAGAAUAGCCGUUUUGGAGCACAAAAUUAAAAAGCUGAGACACCAACGACAUAUAGAGCAUCACCACAUGAAUUCAAAAGGAGAUAUAUCUGUGAUUAGCCAUAGACACAGAUCGAAAACUCCAGUUCCACCAUCAAGAAGCGCCUCUCCAUUGCUCAAUUCGCAAAAUGGAAGGUCUUUUACUCCUGGAAUCGAUGACUUAAACACAAAAAUUAUUAGUUUAGAACAGUCGCAGACUGAAUAUAGGAGGAAAUUGAGGACAUUCUUACAAGACUCGUCAAUUCCAAAAGACGAAAUUGAAAAGUUGACCAAAAUUCUUCAACAAAACGAUGACAAAUUAUAUGAAACUAAAAAGGUCCAAAAACAAAUGCUCAGAAGUAGUAUGCGAGCAUUGUAA